AUGCCCCGCAUCAAGCGCACCCGAUCUUCUCGUUCCCAGACCGAGUCGCAGUCGCAGCAGGAUCCAGCCCUGGACCGCGACGAUGGAACCAACAACGGCGACGACGACGGCCUGCCCUCGCCACCCCCGCCCAUCCCCUCGGACCCCAAGGAACCCAUCGUCGCUUCCUACACGUAUGCAUCCCCGAUCCCCUCCGAGUGCUCCCGCACCGUGGCCACCGGCAGCACCAAAGUGCCCUGCGUGCUCGGCGUAGACGAGGCGGGCAGAGGACCCGUCCUGGGUCCCCUCGUCUACGGCAUUGCAUACUGUCCCCUCGAAUACCAGGACGAGCUCAAGCAGAUUGGCUUCGCAGACUCCAAGGCUUUGACCGCCGAAAAGCGCUCGACGCUCCUCUCUGCGCUCAUCGACACAAACACCCAUCUCGGGUGGGCGGUGCGGGUCAUGUCGCCGCAGGACAUCUCGUCGGGCAUGCUGCGGCGGCGGCCCGUCAACCUCAACGCCCAGUCGUCGCAGGCCACCGUCGCCCUCAUCGCCGGCGUCCUCGAGAGCGGCGUCGACGUGACCGAGAUCUACGUCGACACCGUCGGCGACCCCACGUCCUACUCGCGCCUCCUCUCGUCCAACUUCCCACGCCACCCGCACAUCAAGUGGACCGUCACCAGCAAGGCCGACGCCAUCUACCCCAUCGUCGGUGCCGCGUCGAUUGCGGCCAAGGUCACGCGCGAUCGGUGCAUCGACGAGUGGAGGUACGCAGAGGCCGUGCCGGGCGGCGGGCACGCUGGAGCAUCGCAGUGGCAGGGGCAGGGUCAGGGGCAGGGGCGCAAGGGCGACGACACGGUGCUCGCCGACAGGACCAACGGCGAGGAGCGGCAAGAGGACGGCAGCGCGACGGCUUCCUCUGCGGCGGCGACGGCAGCGCCUCCGUUCCCGCCUCCCGGAUCGGGCUACCCCUCGGACCCCAACACCGUCUCCUACCUCAAGGCCGCCCUGGAUCCAGUGUUUGGCUGGCCGGGCAUCGUGCGCUUCAGCUGGGCGACGGCCAAGACGAUGCUCGACGAAAAGGUACGGCUCCCCUCGGCCUCGGCGUCGUCGGCGUCGUCGGCGGGCGCGAGCCGGGGGACGAAGCGCAAGGCCAUGACGAGAUCCUCGUCGCGCUCCAAGGGCAUCGACCUGUCCGCCGGCGGAGACGCAGACGGCGACGCCGGGCAGACGCCGCCCGACGACAAGCCGGCCGCGCUGUCGUCGGCGACGCCGCUGCCUUCCUUUUCGCGCUGGGGCACCCGGAUACCGGCGACGGGGACGCGCGGCUACAAGGUCAAGUGGACCCACGAGCCCGUCGCCAUCUCGAGCUUCUUUUCCGCCGCCUCGACCAAGUCGGCAAAGACGGCAGCGACACCGCAAUCGCCGUCGUCGACAUCCUCGUCGCUCCGGUCGAUGCUUGGCGGUCGGGCGACCGAGGUAGAGGCCAUGGCAUUGCACGCCAUGCUGCGCGACGAGGCUGCACCGGUGGGCGCGCCCAAGUCGAGCGACGCCAACGUCGGCAAGGUAUCGCGCGAUCUCGGCAUUACAUCCACGUCAUUCCCGCUGCUCCUCCUCUCCUGA